AUAUAGAAUGUUCUGAUAAUACUAGGAGCUUUGAUGGCAACGAGUUUAUGAAUAACAUUUCGAUAAUACAAAAAAAUAAUGACAUAUAUGCUGUAGAUUUUUUGGAUCGCACCAGUUUCAGAUUUAAAUCUUAUAGUAGUUCUUUGCAGGAAUCUCAAGAAGGGAAUGAUGAUUAUGAUGAACGUUCUAAUCAAGGCCUCAAAGAUGGAUAUAAACCGCCAAGUAAGCGUCAAAUAUUGAUAUAUGAUUCAAACUAUACAGAAGCUCCAGAUUGCAACGACAAAAAU